UCUAACAAAGAUAAAUUUGGGGUAUUCAUCAAGAAGUAAAUUUUUGUGAGUGUAAAAUUACAAUAGGGCGCCACGAUAGCUUAAUUUGAACAUGGUAUACAGUUAAUAAACUAUAAGCAAUACUUUAUAUAAUAAUGAAUAAUUUUGACUGUUUGAACACUAUUGAUGGAGAAAUACUAAAAGGAAUAAAUAUAAUACAAAAAAAAAUUAAUUUGCGUCCAAUAUCCAAUAACAUCAAUGAUAUUGAUGUUGGUGAGCCAUCAUGCUCGAAUACAAGUCGUUGGCACAAUCUGGAAAGUAAUCAUGAAAGGGACUUUAGUACAGGAUUUGGAUUUACUAGCAAUUACAAAGGCACUGUAUACAGGAAACAUAACAUACGAGACCAUACCGUUAUAAGGAAAACAAGAAAGAAAAUCCUAUCCCAACGCACUAAAACAAGAUGUCCCAUGAGAAUAAUGCAGUUAUCUGUGCCAACUAAAAGAUAUUGCUUGGAAACUUGGAGAAGCAAUAGAGAUAUUCUUCCUGAUUUCAUGGUAGAAAGGUUAAGACGAAUUGUUAUGGAUGAAAAGCCAAUCGUAAAAAUAUAUGAUGCCAUUAAUUGUUUCAAAAGGCAAAAGUCAUCAAAGUCUCGACUGAAUUCAAAAAGAUACAUAAAUACGAAACAUCAAGAUCAAAUAAAAUUAUUUUGCGGUUUAUUGUCGUAUAAAGUAAUACAGAAGUUACAACGACCACUUAAUUUAACUUUGGACUCACAAUUGAAAACAUUGUCGCAAGUUGUUAACGAAGACAUUACAAGUAUAUUGUACAACCCAAAAAAAUCUGAAUUAAAUACAAAUAUUAAAAUUCAAACUGAAAUAGCAGAUGCGGCAAGUAGAAAAUCAUUAUAG